AUGGUAUCCAGUUCGGGGGAUUCAAACUGGAAUACACACACUUUAGCCACGGUGGCCGGUUCUAGCUCGAGACCUGCCGUUGCUUCUUCCACCGUCCUUGCGUACGAGCCACCGAUCCAGCCUGUUGCCUCCCUUUCGUUCGUUGUUGAUCUUAGCGGCAAUGUCGGUGACGAGGUUGGUACAGGGGAACAUCUUCCGACCUCAUUACAUUGUGCUACACCGGCUGGUGUUGGAGACGGAUUGUUUGAUGAUCCAGAUGACGAUGAUGUUGAGCCGGAUCUGAUUGCUGAUGACAGUGGCGAUGACCUCAGAGCGAGUGACCCGAGAGGGGUUGUAGGUGGAUCUAGUUCUGGCACACAGCAGUACCUACCCCAUUUUUCAUCAUUGGACCUGGAUGCCAUGAGGCAGGAUGGGCUUCUUGGGCAGGCUGCUGGAUUUGGCACUAGAGAUGCAGAUGGGUCUGUUGGUAACUUGCGCAAGGGCAUCUGGGAAGUGAAACGGUACAACAGACCGCAUACGUGUCUCGCCACCUCUAUCUCCAGCGACCAUAGGAGUUUGGAUUAUCAUGUGAUAUCGACAUUCAUUAUGCCAAUGGUGAGGGCUGAUGCAUCUGUCAACAUCAAGGUGCUCCUAAAUACCACGGCCGCAAACUUUGGAUUCAGGCCGACGUACAGGAGGGUCUGGAUGGCGAAGCAAAAGGCUGUUGCCGUCAUCUAUGGUGACUGGGAUGAGUCGUACAACGAGCUCCCUAGGUGGUGUUAG